AACGAUCCUUAUAUUUGUUUGAAUUGAAAAACAUUUUCUUAUUUUCUCAUCAUAUUCAAUCCAAAAAAUCAGAGCACGCCAAUCAUGACGAUGCACAAAGGACUCAUCAACGUCGAUAUGGGCGAGGGCUAUGGGAAUUUCAUCUGUGGCCCAGACAAGGAAUUGUUGCCCAUGAUUGAUCACGCCAACGUCGCCUGCGGGUUCCAUGCUGGUGACCCUCUCAUUAUGGGAGAAACGGUUGCGCUCUGUAAAGAGCAUAACGUUAAGAUCGGAGCUCACCCCGGCCUUCCAGACGUACAAGGGUUUGGCCGGCGUGAGAUGAAGCUUUCCCCAGAAGAGCAUACGGCCAACAUUAUUUACCAAGUCGGUGCACUUCAAGGCUUUCUCGCCCGCGAAGGUGUCGAGAUGCACCACGUUAAGCCUCACGGCAUUCUUUACGGCAUGAUGGUUCGCGACCUCGAGGUAGCAAGAGCCGUGUGGGCAGGAGUCCCAAAGGGAAUGCGAGUUUUCGGUCUGGCAGGUACACACAUGGAAACCGCUGCCAAGGAGGCCGGCCUUGAAUUUUGGGCAGAGUACUUUGGCGAUGUCAAGUACCGUGCUGACGGUACGUUGAUCGUGGAUCGGAAGAAGAAGCCGUGGAAAAUGGAAGAUGUGAAGGCGCAUGUCAAGAAGCAACUAUAUGACAGCAAGGUGACUGCUGUGACUGGCGAGAUUGUUGAAAUGCCGGUCAAGGACUACCCAAUCACAAUCUGUUGUCACUCAGACUCGCCAGGGUGUGUAGAGAUUGUCAAGGCAACCCGGGAGAUUGUAGACGAAUAUAACAAGGCCAAGGGUCUGUAAGCGCAGUAUACGAAUAUACAAUAAUAUUA